AUGGAUCGCUGGUUAAAAAACCUCACACUCAUCGGGGAAGCAAAAUCUUUAGACCAUCUUGGACACAUGCCAACACUCAUCUCCAUUCAUUGUGAACAUCGCCCCUCAGUCAAAUAUAUUGGAGGUAUGCUUGCACUGUUAAGCUUUGAAUCCACUGUCGAAGCAAGAGAAUUCCUAGAAAAUGAAAGGAAUUGGACUGGAACCUUCAAAUGGUUGAAGAUGGGAUCACCUGAGGUUAAUAAUAAAUUUGAACGAGUAACAUGGAUAAGGCUAGUUGGUUUGCCUCUUAGACUAUGGAGCAACACUAACUUCUCAUCCAUUGUGGGCAAGUUUGGGAAGAUUGUCGUGCCUCUAGAUCACAUCACUAAUCGUGUUGAUCUCUCUGUGGCAAAGAUAGCCAUAACCACAGAAAAACUAACCAAAUUCAACGAAGAAAUACUAGUGGAAGCGGAUGGACAGUAUUAUCAAGUGGGUAUCAUAGAAUACGAAGAUGAACCAUGGUUUCCAUUUAAAUUCGAUGAAGAAGAACAACCAUACGCAGACUCGGACAGGGAAGGAAAAGAUGAAUCGAUGAUUAGUGAAUCUGAAAACUCAGAUUCCAAUGAUGAUGAAGAAGGUGUAUCGGGAACAUGGAUUAACGAUAUAGAAGAAGGAGAAAUCGCCCAAGAAGACACCAUCAAUCCUCCAAGUAGUGGUGGUGUUGGCCUACCGCCACCAACCACGGUGGCCGGAUAG